AACAAGAAACUCAGAAUUGGUGUUGUGGGUUAAAGCCUAAAGAUGCAGUGAGGCUUCUUCUUCGUUCUUCCUCUCUCGUCCUUCUCCAACCCCUGAAGAACCCUUUCCCUCCUUUUUCAAUAAUACGGAGUAAAUCUUAUGCAAUAAUCUUUCUUUUUCCAUUUUAACCUCAAUACAAACGAUGGAGGAUGACGAUGAGUUCGGAGAUCUCUACACAGACGUCCUCACUUCCUUUCCUUCAUCAUCGUCAUCACUAUCCCCGGCGGUUGCAGUUGCGGCUGCGACUGCGGCGACUUCUUCCUCACAACCACCACCUCCCGCCGUUCUACCUACCUAUCGCCCAAUUGAUCUCAAUCUUCAAUCAGAAGAUACAGAUGAUAUCCCCAAUUCAAAAUUUUCGACGCCGAGCUUCCAAAGGGAAAAGCUUGAUGCUGUUAAAAACAAAGAUUCUAUCUUGUCGAAUUCGGUGAAGCGUAUUGAAAACUCCGAUGAGGAAACGGGUGAAGGGGAUUUCAAAAUUUGGGCAUCCGCCGCCGGAACUAGGGUUUUGCAUAACACCGAUUUGAAUUUACCGGUGAAGGAACAACAUAAAGAAGAAGCAGAAGACGCGUUUGGGAAUGAAGAAGAAGAAGAAGAAUUACCCGUGAUACCGGGGUUGAAUAAUAACACUCUUGCUUCUGCUCCCAAAACAGAAGAAUUAUCUGUAGCUGCUGCCGGUGAUGAGUGGGAUAGUGACAGUGAUAGCGAGGAUGAUUUGCAAAUUGUAUUGAAUGAAACCCACCACCAUGCUCCUAUUGGUAUGGAUGCAAAUGGGAUGAUUGACGAUGAGGAUGAAGACGGUGAACCACUUGUCAUUGUGGCAGAUGACGAUGCUGCUGGAGCUCUUCAGCCUUUGGAGGACCAAGAUUGGGGAGACGAGGCUGCUCAAUCUGCUGAUGCCAAAGAUACCACUGAUUCUGCCAAACCAAAUACAGGACUCCAAACUGCCCCGAAAAUUGGUUAUAGCAAUUUUGGGUAUCACCCUUUUCAUUCUCAGUUUAAGUAUAUAAGACCUGGUGCAGCACCUCUGCCUGCAGGACCUCCUGUUGGUUCUGGUGGAGCACCUGGUCAAGUUCGUCCCCCAGUCAACAUAAGCACCAUGGCUGGUCGUGGAAGGGGUGAUUGGAGGCCAUCUGGUCUGAAAGGUCCUCCGAUGCAGAAAGGUUUUCAUCCUGGCUUUUGGGGCAGCAAUGUGCCUGGACGUGGUUUGGAAUUCACUCUUCCUUCCCACAAGACUAUCUUUGAUGUUGACAUUGAUGGCUUUGAGGAAAAACCUUGGAAGUAUCCUGGUGUAGAUAUAUCAGAUUUUUUCAAUUUUGGCUUGAAUGAAGAGAGUUGGAAAGAAUAUUGCAAGCAGCUGGAACAACUGCGCUUGGAGUCUACUAUGCAAAGCAAAAUUCGUGUAUACGAGAGUGUUCGUACAGAACAGGAGUAUGAUCCUGAUAUGCCCCCAGAACUCGCAGCAGCAGCUGGUAUUCACGACUCAGCUGAAAAUGUGGAUACUGUAAAAGUUGAUGGUGUACUAGGUGACCUAGCUAAAGGAUCUGCUCGUGUGCGGCCGCCAUUGCCGACUGGCAGAGCCAUACAGGUGGAAACUGGCUGCGGAGAGCGCAUGCCCUCUGUUGAUACCCGGCCACCACGUGUUCGUGACUCAGAUGCAGUUAUUGAGAUUGUCUUGCAGGAUUCUGUUGAUAAUGAAUCCGCUGGUAAUGAUGCCGGAGAGCAUCCAGAUAAUGAUUCUGAAAGAGAGGAGGACCAGGUAGAUGUAGUUGAUGAGGAUGGUGCUCAGUGCGGGGAUGAAUACUUUGACAAUUAUGCACGGGACUAUGAUGUUGAUAAGGAGGAUGGUUCUCGAAAAAAGUCUCCUAUCAAGAACUCUCAUGCUGCUGAUAUAGAAGAGGAAGUGGACGGGUCUUCACCUCAAAGAACUCCAAGUGACCACCGCCCUGGUUCAAGAGGCCAUGCUUCUUCUGAAAAUGUUGGCUCCCCAUACGAAGAGAGAUGGACCAAGGAAAAGGCACGUGAGAGAUCUCCCCAUAUGUCUUCAGGUGAGAGUGCAUUGGAUAGAAGAUCCCUUGAUUAUGAAAGGGAAAAUUCUAUUGGGAGCAUGGAAGGUAAGCAUAGUCCUGAGUCAUCCUCUGCUGCUCCUAUAGAAGAUGCUCGGGAAGGUAGUUUGGAAAGGAAAGCCGCUGAAGCUGAAGAUGUUACAGCUGGUAUGGAGUCUGGAAAAAGUAAAGAAGAUGCUAAUGUGGUUGCUUCUAGUACUUCAAAGGAAAAACAUAUCCUUCAUCACACGGUACAACAAAAGCUAAAUUCUCCAGUCGAGCCACCAGCUAAUGAAGUUGAUGAAGGGGGUGACGUUAAGGCCUCUAGAAGUAGUGACAACAGUAAGGCAACUGGAAGCAGCCGAGAUCAUCAAAAGUGGCGCGAGGGUGUUGAUGAGGAAGUAGUGCAGAAUGGGCGUUCCACCCACCUUGGUGACGUCAAGAGGAAUCAUGGUGAAGGUGGACAUGAUUUGCGGAGAAAAGACCGCGAGAUAGAAAGAAAUUACAUGUUAGCGAAAGGAAGAGAGGAAUUUUAUUCUCAUCGAGAUUGGGAUCCUCAUGCGACCAACCAUUUCCACGCGAAAUCAGAAAGUAGUGACCGGAGGAAAGAGAGGGAUUACAAUGAAGCUGGCUGGCUACGACGAGAUGAAGAUCCACAUGGACGGAGGAUAAGGACUGAAGAUGCUAGGAAGCAGGAGCGUGUUGAUGAAAUGGUAUCUAGACGUAGGGGUAAGGUCAGGGAAGUGGAUAGGAGUGACAAAGAUGAGUAUCUUCAUUCACGAAAAGUUUUAGAUAAUGGCAUUUGGAGAGGUUAUCAUGACAAAGAUGUAGGAUUACGUUACAGGGAGAAGGAUGAUGUUUCAAAGAGUCGACACGAGAUCUUGGAUGAUCAUCACAGUAAGAGAAGGAAGGAUGAUGAGCAUGCUAGAAGGGAACAUGUUGAGAAAGAUGACAUCUUGCAUUCUCACAGAGACAGCAGCAGUUCUCGCCGAAAGCGAGAAAGGGACGGGAUUCUAAGUCUGCGGAAGCGAGAAGAUCAGCCAAGGAUUAGAGACAACAUGGACGAUCAUCAUUUGGUUAGGCUUAAGGAUGAAGUUUGGGUUCAGAGGGAGAGGGAGAGGGUUGAGAGAGAUAGAGAUGAAUGGUAUCGGGCUAAACAAUCUUAUGAGGAAAAUUUGUCCAGAAGGGAGAGAGAAGAUGGAAGAGCUCCUAUUAAAAGCAGUAGGAAUGUAGACGAAAAGACAUGGGUUGGCCAUUCUCGUGGAGGAGAGGAUUUUAAGGGCCAUGAUAAAGAUGGAAGGCACGGUGAACAACUUAAGAGGAGGGAGCGGAUUGAAGAGGAGCCAAGAGGAAGUGAGGAUGCUUAUGCACGUGGAAAUCAAUUUGCUAACGAGGGGAAAAGAUCAAGACAGGAGAAAUCUAGUGCUCGAAACAGCCGUGCUGUUGAUGUUUCAGAAAGCCAGAGAUUGCAUGAGAAAAAACAUAAAGAAAAUGUUAAAAGAGCUAGAGAAUCUGAAGGCCACAGCAGUUCAGGACAAUCCAAGAGAUAUCAAGGAGAUAAAGUUUUAGCAAAUGAGAUGGCUGGUGCGAAGAGCAGGAAUGAACGAGUCACGAGUGAGCAUGAUACCUCAUUGCAAAAUCUUCCUAGAGAAGGUGGAGAGGAUAUUUCCUCGGAUGAAGAACAGCAUGAUUCAAAAAGAGGGCGGUCCAAGCUAGAGCGGUGGACAAGUCAUAAGGACAGGGAUUUUGAUGCCUACUCAAAGUCAUCAUCUUUGAAGAUCAAGGAGAUGAGCAAGAACAAAAAUAGUGUUGGUGUUGGUGUUGGUGUUGGUUCUGCGUCAUCUGUUGGUGUUGAUGAUGAGAUUGCCAAGAAAGGUGAAAGUAAUCAGGCUUUGGCUUUGGGUGGGGGAAAAGAUGGUGGGGGAGGUUCAGAAGGAAAGGAUGGAGAUGAAAGACCAAUGGAAGGUCGGCACCUAGACACAGUUGAGAAAUUGAAGAGGAGGAGUGAACGUUUUAAGCUUCCAUUGACAAGUGAGAAGGAUCCUUUGGCAAUUAAAAUCAAGAAGUUGGAGAGUGAACCUUCACCUUCCUCUCAGAACGAGACCCCCACCCCCGCAAAUGUUGAAGUCAAACAUGAGCGGCCACCUAGGAAAAGGAGAUGGAUUAGCAGCUAAGCUAGCUAAAAGCAUGAAUAGAGAAAGAAAAGCAUGAGUAGAAAGCAGCGGCAGCAGCAGCAGCAGCAGCAUUCAUUUCAUUUAUUAUCCUCCCUGCUGGUUUGGCUUGGCUUGGCUUGGCUUGGCUUCUGAUAGCUUUAUCCAGAAAUGUGAAUAUGUUGUCGUAUGUAUCGGCUUCAAACUUAACAACAAGAUGUAGCAUUUCAAGUUGGGGACAAUGUGCAAUCCAAGUUAAAUUGGUUUUUUUAGCCCACUGAUGUACGCUUUUCUAAAUGUAAUGUGUAAAUCGAUCCUAUAAAUGUAAAACUGAAAUCUGGAAUCUGUCAUUGAUGGUAUUGGUGGCACAGCUUGUGUAUUGUGCUUCCAAAAUGGUGUAUCAACUGUUGAUCCAACGAAAGAUCAACUGCCUUGCCGGAAAGCACCACUAGUUGAUCGAAUAGACUCCAUAAGCCUAGCAGGUGACGGUGACGGCAUUACCAUACUGUUUGUUUACAGGAGAAGAUGGAAGUUCUGCUUGUUUUUGGAGCAGAUAAUGACAGGAUUCUGGAUUGGGUCUUUCUCUACUUUUAUUGUAUUUCACGCACACAAUAACAUUUAGUCUGAACAUUUAUACAUUUAUACCUUUGCUUCGUUA